AUGGCGGUUUCACAUUCAAGACUUCCGAGCACUGAGCUAGCUUUGCACAGUCGAGGGUCGUCACCUGCGCUUAGCGACCAUGAUUCGUAUCUGUCGGAACUCUUGUCCGAGAGGCAAAAACUUAGCCCUUUUAUGCAAGUGCUGCCGAUAUGUAGCCGCCUGAUGAAUCAAGAAAUUGCUCGAGUCACAUCCCUCGUUGGCGCGCAAGUGUUUAUGGACCAUGAUUCAAUCGAGCACUCGCCUCCAAUGUCACAUCAGCCACAUUCGUCUCAUCAGCAAAUAACUCACCAACAUUUAUCGCAUCAGGCACUCACUCAUCCUCCACAUCCACCUCAUCAGUCCCAUGCAACUCAUCAAGGCCAUAUCUCUCAUCAGUCCCAGCAGAUUCGGCCUUCGUCUAGUGGAUCGCCGUUUGAUUCCGGAACAUGGGCUCCGAUGCCAUCUGAGGUUGGGCCAUCCUCUUCUCUCUUCUUGAUGCAACCAACGAGCCAACCAUCAGCUUCCGGGACGCUUGUAGGCUGGACGGCUCAGCCUGGCGCUGCUCCGAUCGUAAAGAAGACGAGCCGUUUGGAGGUUCCGGUGGAUAAAUACCCUACAUUUAACUUCGUCGGAAGAAUCUUAGGGCCACGAGGGAACUCGCUGAAACGAGUUGAAGCGCAGACAGGUUGUCGUGUUCUCAUUCGCGGACGGGGGUCGAUAAAAGACGCUGGCAAGGAGGAGAAGAUGCGAGACAAGCCUGGAUUUGAACAUUUGAACGAGCCUCUGCAUGUUAUCGUGGAAGCGGAGCUCCCUGCGAAUGUUGUGGACGCGCAGCUUGCUCAAGCAUGCGAAAUACUUCAAGAAUUACUCAGGCCUGUGGACGAAACUCAUGAUGUGGUCAAACCGAGCGAAAACUCGACGAUAGCAAUAACGUGGCAAGCUAGCACGCUCAAGCCUACGUGCCUCUGUUUGAGGGUCAACAUCAUGAUGCUUUUCACCAGCACAGCAUGCCGGAGCUGGGGAGAACAAAAAAAAGUGACAGGAUGA